AUGAGCAGGCCACCAAACGCCAGUGAGGAGCAGACCCGUCCUGGUAGCUUCUGCAAGUUACUGUUAGUGCCAACAGGGUUAGAUGGGGUCAUCCCCAGUGCUUUUGAGCCCUUGUUUGAAGGUGAGUGGCCAGACACCAUCAAGCUAAAGACCUCCACCAAUUGCAUCUGGGAGGUUGGCCUGAAGGAGGAAGAUGGCAAGAUUGUCAUGGACGCACGCUGGUCAGAGUUUGUCAAAGCACAUGACUUGAAGAUAGGAUACUUCACGGUAUUCACGAGGAUUGACACCAGAUCCUUGAAGGUGCUCGUAUUUGAUCACGAUAACUGCAAGAAGGUCAUCAAGUGUAAAGGUAAUCAAACACCACUGGAGGAACAAUAUGGAUCACAGCUCUAA